AUGCAUCGUGCGUUCUCCUUCCCGGUGACCGUGGAGCGCAGCCGGACCAAGGAGCGCCUGGAGGCCAGUCUGUCCGGGCUGUGUGAGCUGGAGCUCCGCAAGCAGAGACAGGAGUGCCUGGUGCUGGGGGCGCUGGCUCUGGGAGACCCUCCUCUGCAGAGAGACCCUCUGCUGCAGAGAGACCCUCUGCAGGACUUCAGCAGCUGGGGGCAGGAGAACCUGACUCUCCGGCGGCAGCUGAGCGCCCUACAGAGUUCCCCAUGGGGUCUGAUGCAGGCUCUGGAGCAGCAGGUGGGGGAGCUGCGGGUCGACACUGACUGGGAUGGAGCUGCAGGAGAGAGCCGGCCCAGUUCAGGUUUCUAUGAGUCCAGUGAGGGUCAGUCUCCGAAAGGAAGGUGUUACUCUGAGCCCGCAGAGACCGGCUGCAGGACCAACGACCGGCCCAAGUCAGUGGGAGACCCCCUGAUGCUGAACGGAGACCUGGAAGUACCGGUCCCCCGCACCACGUUACCCCGCUCUUUCUCUGCCCCUUACCCGCCUCUGGAGGGCAUCGCUGAGGAGUCCGCAGCCGGGGGGGCCUGGCAGUGGGAUGCCUGGCAGGAGUACCAGGUCUCAGAAGAAGACUACCAGCAGGCCGUGAGGGUGGAGGGCUACAUCCUGAGUCUCAUCCAGCGCCACACCCUCGCAACGCGGCCCUGUCGGACUCGCACCACCCUGACCCCCGACCCCCAGUACUGCAGCUCCCUGCACAGGAGGACUCCUUCCUUUACCUCGGAGCAGCGCUUUCCUGACCCCCAUCUGCAGCCCCAUGUUGACCUUUCUAAGAGCCAGGGCUGGGGUUGUGACCUGCUGGAGGGGGAGGCCCCGUCUCUGGAGGAGGACUGCUAUCUGGCUCUGCCCUACCCCCAGUCCAGACCACUCUCUCUGGCCGAGAGACUACCGUCACCUCUGCCCUCCAUGGACCCCAACUGUGUUGCCGGGGCACGUGACCCUUAUUGUGAGACCCCAUCCCCCCAGCAUUACUUAUAUCCUCACAAACACAGUUUAGUAAGUGUUCAGUUUAUCCCCGGACAGGCGGGCCAGGCGGGCCAGACCUCCCCGAGACACUACACCCCAGAGCAGCACUCCAAAGGAAGAACCUCCAAGAAGAACCACAAUGAGCGGCAGAAACCCAAGAAAUCCAGCAGCAAAACCAGCAGGUCCCAGUCUGAAAACAGCCUGCUGGGCCAGCGGGUUUUGCCGGAGCGCCGGUACAGCACCACCGAGAGGCACCAAGGCAGAGCGGACCAGAACCGAGUACCUGGACCACAGGGGGGGGGCGGCAACGAAAGCCGGCGCUGGUGCUCCAACCUGGAGCUCAGCCAGGAUGAAGGGGAGGAGGCGGCGGGGCUCAGACGGCCACCUCGGAAAGCUCGCCAUUGUUCCCAUUCCCACCAGCAGGACCUCCAGCAGAGGGCACCCCUCUGUCGGGGGGAGGGGGGCUACGCCGGCCCCGCAGAGUCCGAGUCCAGCAUGAGCGAGGUUUACUCUCCGGUCUCCAGCUCCCUGUCCAGCGACUCGGAUGAUUGCGGGGGCCUCGUUUGGCCCCAACAGCUGCCGCCCCGCCUGGCCUCCACCUCCUCCUCUUCCUCUCCUUCGCCCAAGGCCUCCGCCAGCGCCCAACCAAAGGCCUUCGUCAAGAUCAAAGCCUCCCACGCCCUCAAGAAGAAGAUCCUCAGGUUCAGAUCGGGGUCGCUCAAAGUCAUGACCACCGUUUGA